AUGGGACCUUUCAGCGUCAACAUGGUGCGUGCCAGCCAGCCGCGCGCGUCGUCGCUCGAGAUUACCUCCGUGUACGCCGACGCGUUCGAGGCCGUCCGCGAGGACGCCCACGGCCUCAUCGGGACCGCGCACACCUCGCGCACGCCCGAUGCGCCAAUCAUCGCCGCCUCGCAACGCAUCCGCGUCGCGGUAGACGUCGACGAAGUGCUCGGCCAGUUCGUGGAGUCGCUCAACGUGUUCAUCGAGGACGAGUACGGCAUGCAGCACACCGUCUCCGACUACGAGCGGUACGUCUUCGCGGACGUCUGGGGCUGUUCGCAGGACGAGUCCAACCACAUUGUGCACUCCUUCUUCGACUCGCCGCACUUCGCGGAGGGCAUCCCGCCGAUGCCCGGCGCGCUCGAGUCCCUCCAGCGCCUGUCCUCGUUCUGCGAGCUCCACGUCGUGACCUCGCGGCAGCACGUGAUCGAGGCCCCCACGCUGCGGUGGCUCGACGACCACUUCCCGGGGGUGUUCGAGGGCGUGCACUUCGGGAACCACUUCGCGCUCGCGGGGUCCUCGCGGAAGAAGUCGGAGAUCUGCCGGGACAUCGGGGCCGCGGUGCUCAUCGACGACAACCCGGGGUAUGCGCAGGACUGCGCCGAGGAGGGCCUCACAGUGCUGCUGUACGACUGGCUGGGGACGUACCCGUGGAGCAAAAUGGACCGGCCGCACCCGCUGAUUCGGUCGGUGUCGGACUGGCGGGACGUGGAGGCCGAGCUGGCGCACGUGCACGCGGCGCAGCUCACGUUGCAAGGCGAGCAGAACGCGGAGUGA